AUGCCAGCCGCAAAGCCCGAUUUGCAUCCGUUGAAGACACCAAAAACCUUCAUAUUCCCUUCAGAAAUACACAAAGAUUCUGAGACCCUCACCGUCGAUGACAUCAAACGCGAAGAUGGAAGCGCAACACCUAUCACACCCCCACUGGCAUAUACUGAUUUCCUCAAUGCACUCACACCGGUCUUCACAAGUCCGGUGAGUGCUGGAGGCUUUCCAAAAUUCUCAAUGGAAGGCAGCGACCCGUCGCCAAUUUCACAGUCAUCAACUGCAACAAGUCCCGCACUCUCCGUUCGGACUUCCGUCAAGUCGCCCGCCACGCCAGCCAUCUCCCUCCCGCCACCCUCUCCUCGCACUUUGAAGUCAGCCAAAGCUCCACCUGCGCUACGAAGACUACGCAUUCCCCAGUCUCUCAAGACAUUUUCUUCAAAAGACUCCCCGCGAACUUCUACCCCGUGCAGUGCCACUCCGUACAGCGCGAGUCCUUAUAGUGCGUCACAAUGGAGUGCACUUCCUCGCAGUGCAACCAGUCUUCGAUCGCCAUUUUCCGCGUCAGAUUGGAAGCUCCGGUACCUUGAGGCACCAAGAAGUGCAACCACAAAGGCAGUUAGUGUCAGACAAGUUGUGACCCGCACGAUUACCUACAAGCGUACCCCACUCGAUCCUCCGCCAAAGGGAAAGAGACGCAAGACUCAAGAAUGUCGAGAUAUUUGA